AUGCUCCGGAGAACAGUCCAAUUACAUGCCACGGCGUGGCUCGCUGAAAGUCACAAAGAAGAUAGGGAGAUAGAAAGAGGUAUCUCCUCCGAGAACGGCUGCUCAACAGUUUCAAGCCAAUCCGGUUGGAACAUUAAGGGUCAGGAUGGGAGAACGAGCGUCACAGGCCAUGCAAAGUUUUGA